CAAAUGGCCACUGAAAUUGCAGACUCCAUCAUACAAAAGUUGUAUGAUUUAGCAGUAGAUGUUGUUGUUCCGAAGCUAGUCAAAGGAGACCAAAUCCUUCGUAGAAGAAUACCUGUAAUCUUCUGAACCACUAUCUUAUGUCCAUUAGUUCUCGUCCUUGCAGCCACUGGAUAUAUUCACCUUUAUGAGAAGUAUUUUGAAACAAAGGUUGAAAUUGAGCAUUCAUGAGAAGUUUCCAAAAGUAUUCAGGCUAAAAUUAUGUUCAUUAUAUGGACCCUUGGCAGUAUUUCAUGGGCAUUUUGACAUAAAAUUGGCUUCAUUUGUCCUAUAAUUCAGAGACAAACUGAGAAAAUCCUCUCUGCUGAUUUUGAAACAUUUAUCUUCCAGCGUAAUUCAGAAGACUCUCAAAAUCAAUUCAACAGCGACAAAUCUGAUCAAGUGCAAGACUCUAACUGUCAGCCAGUUAUAAGAAAGAAGUUUCGGUUGUCCAAACUCCCUGAGCAUUAUGUAUCUUCAAAGAUGUAUAAAGAAGAUAAGCAAGCUAGCCAUUACUUAUCAUGUGUCUCAAGCAAGGUGGAGCCAACAGAAGAGAACUUCGAAGAAGAGCAUCUUCAAAACAAAGUUAACUAUCCCUGAAUGCUUGAUGGACUUCUAAAGUUGAUCCAGAUGGAAGACCCCUACCCAGAGCUUAAAAUCAAGGUGUAUCAUGUAGGAAACGAUCAGAGAUUCAUGACGGUGAAGACCUCUAAAAAUACCAGAGGCUUAAAAGACACAUGUAGAGGGAGUAAUAAGUUUUGCUUUACGAUUCCUCAUGCAGAUAUCAGCUUUGGCGAAGUCAUCCAGGCUCUCUCUGAAGAGAAUAUUUAUACUAUAUAAGACAUCUUGAAGAGGUUGAUAACAGUGAUUAUGUGUUUAAUUUCAAUGAAGGUUUUCAAAAAGCAAUUGGGAACUGAGACCAAUCUCCAAAUACAACAAAAAUGUGCACAUUCGGAGCUCACAUAAAAGGGACUAUGCCUUCCAGUACUUUUGACAAAACAAGAGAAUACCAGAUGAGUAUUCUAGACACGUUGAAGAAAAUUUCUCAUAAUCUAGGAAUCCUCAUAUCAAGCUAUGUUAUUGAUCAAUUUGGAGAUCAAAUCUACAAUUUUAAGAUCUAUUAUGACCAGUUUGGUCUUCUUGUUCUAGAAUUCAACAUCAAAGAGCUAUCUAUCGAGAAAUCCCUCGAGGAAAGAAAACUGGACGACUCCAUUUCCUUAGAACUAAUCCUCAGUGAUUGAGAAUCUAUCGCUGAGGAAGGCUCUUGCCCUGAAAUAGCCCAAACCUACAACACCAUCAUCACUCAUCGCACCUUAUUCCCUUCCAAACCUGCCAUAAAACAGUCCAAAACGGUCAAACUCAGCUCCCUCAAAACCCCCACCACUCACCCCUCUUCACCACUGAAAAGCCACACUGGGCACCUUCUGCUUCCCAGUUAACAACCCGACAAGUCCACGGGCUCUAAACUCCUUAACUUAUU